CAAAAGAGGGAGCUCUGGGAUGUGAAGGGAAAGGAGACAGUAGCCAUCCACCCAGCUGUGAUUUCUCCAUGAAUCUCUUCUGACAAAGAAAUCUAGAGGAGAAGGUGAAAGAAGAAGAAAUGGCCAGUUCUCAGGGACUGCUGACAUUCAGGGAUGUGGCCAUAGAGUUCUCCCAGGAGGAGUGGGGAUGCCUGAACCACACUCAGCGGGAACUGUACAGGGAUGUGAUGUUAGAGAACUACGGACACCUCCUCUUCCUGGGUCUUAUUGUGUGGAAGCCAGACCUGGUCAUCUUUUUGGAGCAAGAGAAGCAGCUCUGGGAUGUGAAGAGAAAGGAGACAGUAGCCUUCCAUCCAGCUGUAUCUUCAAAUGGCACCCAGAAUUUCCUGCCAAAGCUGUGCAUAGAAGCUUCUUUCCAAAACGUGGCAGUGGGUAGAUAUAAGCAUAGUGCCCUUGAGGAUUUACACUUAAUGAUAGACUGGAAAAAUGAUGGGGAGAGUAAAGGGCAUGAAAGAUAUCAUGAAGGACAUAUCCAAACUGAGACAACUGUCCAUAAUAUGAAUCUCACUGCCCAAAAUGAUGAAGGAUAUAAAACGCUUUGGAAAACAUCCCUUCUUAAUCCUGCUUCUUCUGCAAAGCAGUUUGUGUCUGUAAGCAAGGGCUUAAAUCAAAUGGUCAAACAUACAUAUCUGGAGAACGAAAAUUUGGAAAAUCUGGAAAGUUAUCUAGUUCAUGCUGAAAAUAAUUAUUUGAACCAUUUUGAAAGUAGGAUUGGAUUGACAUUUGAGUCAAAUAUUUCUGAAAAUCAGAGAUUUAAAAAUGAAGAACAAAGUGCUAUGUGGGAUCCAUUUGAGAGGUCCUUCACCGGGGAGUUGACUCUACAAAAUUACCAGAACAUAUUCAAUGAAAACAGAAUUGCUCAAUGUAGCGAAUCUGCAAGAAAAUUUAACCAGUGUUCAAAUGUUUAUAAACCUGUGAGGACUCAUUUCCCAGAGAACCAUUUUAAUUUUGAUAAAUUUGAGGAAGUGUUUUAUCAAAGCUCCAACCUUAUUAUAUAUAAGAGUAUCCCUUUGGGAGAGAAUCCUUAUAAAUAUAAUGAAUAUGGGAAAUCCAUUAACCAGUCCUCCAAUGUUGGUGAUUAUCAGAGAAUUCACAUGGAAAAAAACUCAUACAGAUGUAAUAAACCUGGGAACAUGUUUAGCCAAGCAUCAGGACUAAACAUACAUAACACAGUCGCUACUGGACAGAAAACUUAUAUUUGUGAAGAAUGUGGCAAAGCCUUUGACUGGCACUCAACACUAUCUCAACAUCAACCAAUGCAUAUUGGAGAGAAACCUUACCAAUGUAAAGAAUGUGGCAAGUCCUUUAACCAGCUCUCAAUGCUUACUCGACAUCAAAGAAUUCAUACUGGAGAGAAACCUUACCAAUGUGAAGAAUGUGGCAAGGCCUUUAACCAGCACUCAAACCUUACUCAGCAUCACAGAAUUCAUACUGGAGAGAAACCAUACAAAUGUAAAGAAUGUGGCCAGGCCUUUAACCAUCACUCAAGCCUUACUCAACAUCACAGAAUUCACAGUGGUGAAAAACCUUACAUAUGUAAAGAAUGUGGCAAGGCCUUUAACCUGCAUUCAAACCUUACUCAACAUCACAGAAUUCAUACUGGAGAGAAACCUUACAUAUGUAAAGAAUGUGGCAAGGCCUUUAACCGGCACUCAUACCUUAUUCGACAUCACAGAAUUCAUACUGGAGAGAGACCUUACCAAUGUAAAGAAUGUGGCAAGGCCUUUAACCAGCACUCAAAGCUUACUGAACAUCACAGAAUUCAUACUGGAGAGAGACCUUUCGUAUGCAAAGAAUGUGGAAAGGCCUUUAACCGGCACUCACACCUGACUCGACAUCACAGAAUUCAUACUGGAGAGAGACCUUACAUAUGUAAGGAAUGUGGCCAUGCCUUUAUCCAGCACUCACACCUGCGUCAACAUCACAGAACUCAUACUUGAUGAUGGAAACCUUACCUAAGUAAAGAAUGUGGGAAAGCCUUUAAUCACUGUUCAACCUUUACUCAUUACCACAGAAUUCAUAGUGGAACAAACAUUACAAAUGUAAAAGAAUGUGAGAAAACAUUUAAAGACUACUCACCCCUUACUCCACAUCAGAGAAUUCAUAGUGGAGAGGAACCAUAAAAUUGUUAAGAAUGUGGCAAGGCCUUUAAGCAAUGUUAAACCCUGAUUCCUGAUCAGAGAAUGUAUGCUGGAGUGGAUUUUGCAAAUACAAAGAAUUUGGCAUGGUCUUUCAUAAGAGGUCAGGCCUCAUUCAACAUCACAGAAUUCAUACGGGGGAAAAAGUUAUAAAUGUAAAGAACAUGGGGAAACUUUUAAACUGCUCAACCCUUGUCUGUAUCUCAGAGUUUAUACCGAGGAGAAAGAGUGGUCGCUUUGGCAGCACGUAUGCUGA